AUGCCCCCAAUAACCAGCUCAACUUCAGGCACCUCAAACACGCCAACAAGUGAUUCUAAUACUCAUGACUUCGAACCAGCGCCUAAAAUAUCCGUAGCUGAUCUGAACCAAAAGAUAAUAAAUGCUGAGUAUGCCGUUAGAGGAUCGAUCGCGAUGAGAGCGGAGGAGUUAGAAUUUGAAUUGUAUCACAAGACUCAGCCCCACAGUUUUCCAUUUGAGAGAAUUAUUUACGCAAAUAUAGGUAACCCUCAACAACUUGAUCAGAAACCACUAACUUUUUCGAGACAAGUCAUGUCGAUUUUGGAAUAUCCUGGGCUAUUGAAAUUCAAGGAUGUUUUACUAUCUCAAGGUAUCUAUAAGAAGGACGCUUUGGAGAGAGCAGAAUUAUUACAAUCUCAAAUUGGAGCUUCAGUUGGUGCAUAUUCAUUAGCACAAGGUGUCUAUGGCAUUAGAGAAACAACGGCAAGGUUUAUUUCUAAAAGAGAUAAUUGCGAAGCUGCAUCCGCGGAUGAUAUAUUUUUAACAGAUGGAGCUUCAAAAGCUGUUACUUACCUUAUGAUGGCGCUAUGUCAGAAUGAGCAUACUGGUAUUUUGAUUCCUAUCCCGCAAUAUCCCUUAUACACGGCAUCUAUAUGCAUUCAUAAUGCAAAGAUGUUACCAUAUUACCUAGAUGAAGAAUCUGGCUGGUCCACAAAAGUUGAGGAAAUCGAAAACUCCGUCAUUAAUGCAAUUGAGAAUGGUAUCAAACCCUCCGCUAUGGUGGUUAUAAAUCCUGGAAACCCUACGGGAGCAGUCUUAUCCGUCGAUGUGAUUCAAAGGAUUAUCACUGUGGCAGCUAAGUAUGGAAUUGUAUUGAUUGCUGAUGAAGUGUAUCAAGAUAAUAUUUUCAACGGAGAAUUCCACUCUAUGAAAAAAAUACUUAGACAAUUACAAAAGAAAUAUCCAGGAAAAUAUGAUAACGUUCAAUUAGCUUCACUUCAUUCCACGUCAAAAGGAGUAUCAGGAGAAUGUGGACAGAGAGGUGGCUACAUGGAAAUUGUUGGAUUUUCUGAUGAAGUGAGGCAUUUGCUUUUAAAAUUGGCUUCCAUUAACAUAUGCUCUGUUGUCACAGGCCAGGCACUUGUAGAUUUAAUGGUUGAUCCACCACAUGUUGGUGAUGAAUCCUAUGAAAAGGAUCAAGAAGAAAGAAAUGAAAUUCAUUCUACACUGAAAAAGAGAGCAGAUAAAUUAUAUGACACUUUUUCUAAUCUAGAGGGUAUUGAAUGCCAAAAACCACAAGGUGCUAUGUAUCUUUUCCCCAGAUUAAUUCUUCCCGAUAGGGCAAUUGAAGAGGCCAAGAAACUGCAGAUGGAAGCGGAUGAAUUUUACUGCCAUAAAUUGCUAGAAAAUACAGGAAUAUGCACAGUCCCAGGUUCAGGAUUCGGCCAAAGAGAGGGCACCUAUCAUGUAAGAACCACCUUUUUGUCACCAGGCACCGAAUGGAUUGAUGACUGGAAGAAAUUCCACGAAAAAUUUAUGAAAGAAUAUCAAUAA